CGACGGCAGGUGGAGCGCUUGCGCUGCUCUCGGCAGCGCUGGUGAUCCCUGUUGUCCUCGGACCGGGGCUAGUUUAGCUCGGCUAAUUUAAACUGUCCCGAGUGUGUUGUCAGUGCUCUCGGAUUGUACCAUGGAGCAGGAUACGGGCUGAACCGUCGCGGUUUUGGAGCUGCUCGCACUCGCAGAUCAUAUAACAGAUACAGUUUGAUCGGAGAGGGAUUCCCGGGAGAAAGGAGAACUGUGGAGGAAAAAUGAAGUAUGUGUAACGUAAAACCUGGGAUAUAUUAUAGCUGCGUGCCGCUCCGAGAAGCUCUGGCGUUUACCGGUUUAUCCAUAAGUUUUAAGUCCCAGUAAGAUGGAUGCUGAGGGAUGUACAAAUGACAUGAUCCGUACUCAAGCCGAGAGCUUUUGGCAUGUGACGGAGCAGUCCGGAGAUCUGAAUCCAAGGAGCAGAGAUGGAGAGGGGUCGAAGCUGGUGAAUGUAUUUCUUUCAGGAGGAGCACCGUGGGGGUUUACACUCAGAGGUGGACUGGAGCAUCGGGAGCCACUGAUCAUAACCAAGGUGGAGGAGGGUAGCAAGGCAGCAGCUGUGAGUCUCCAGGUUGGAGACGAACUUGUCAACAUCAAUGAAAUUCCCCUGAGUGGCUACAGACAGGAGGCAAUCUGCCUGGUGAAAGGCUCCCACAAGACCCUCAGCAUGGUGGUGAAAAGGAAUUUGAAAAUGGUGGAUAUUGUAGGUCAUAAAAUGCCCUCAGAGAAUGACGUGCAUGUGGCAAGAAGCUUUCUUACGAAGAUUUUGCGAAGUUCCAUGAGAAAGAACUGCUUUAAAGGGCGCAAUGAACCCAUAAGCAGGCCUCACUCCUGGCACUCCACCAAGUUCAAUGAAAACCAAUCAGAGACUGGAAAAACCCAGUCUCCACCCACAGCAGUCUGGCACACCAGAUAUGAUGCAAGUUCGUCCACAACUGAUCUGUCUGGUGGCUGGGAGCAGACGAACCUGUGCAGAGUGUCUGACCAGUUCAGCUCCCUGGGCAGCAUGGACAGCCUAGGACAUGCCUCCCAGUCCACCAACAGCAUGGAGCACCUCGGAGGGGGGAAGAGAGACUCGGCCUACAGCUCCUUCUCCACCAGCUCCGGUACACCAGACUACAGCCUCUCCAAGAGCAAUGCUGCCUCCACGGAAAACGUGCUCUAUAAAGUGAAUCAGUGGGAUGCAGGAGGGAAGCACAGCAGUGGCAGAAACAGCCAGAGCCUGGCAGCCGAGGGAGUCAAGCAGGACGAUAAGCUCACGUACUUCCAGAUGCCAGGAGUCGGCUCGGGCCAAGACGGUUUACCAACGGAGGACCCGGCUGGCUGCCGACAUUCCACCUCAAGUCGGACUAGCUAUGGACCCGUGUGGAAUGUCCCCGAGAAAAAGAAGACCACUUCCCCGUCUCCUCCCCCUCCGCCCCCACCUGCACGCAGCAAUAGUUUUGCAGCAACUAAAGCACACGAGAGGGGACUCAGUCUGGCUCAGCCCGAAGCACUUGACUCACAUUUGGCCUGCAAAGUUCCCUCUGAAAAUCGUCGCAGCCAUAACGUUUCCACGAAGAGCGAUAGUGAAAAUGGUUACAAUCCAUCAGAUAAAACUGGUCCCAAACAGUUCAGCUCCAACAAACAGCAUUCCCUCUCCAGCAGCGAUGUCCGUCAGGGCCAACCGCCCCAGGCCUUCCAUCAAAGACACCACAGUGACAAAAGCACUUUGUAUCCCCAGCCCUGGACCUCGUCUGCACCCAAGCCACAGAACGUCGGUGGUUACUUUUGUAGCUUGCAGGAACUGCCUACAAAUGGUUCUGCACAGGUCUUAAACCAGAGCCAGAGCCAGAGCCAGAGACGGAGCGUGAACAACUCCUUGUCUUCCACAAACAGUGACCAAAACGCAGAGAGCAGUGGGGCUACCCGAUACUACUGUGUCACUACAUGUCAGCCAACACAGCCUAACGCCCUGUCGUUGUCAGGAAUACCAGAGAACAGGGGAAGUAUGUCAGGGAUAGAUCUGGCAAGUGAGCGGGGCUCCGUCAGCCCACAGACGGUCACCAAAGUCAGGUAUCCUCCCCAGCACUCCUCGCACAGCAAAGACACCACAGCUUACAGCAAGCAUCAAGUCACCUCUGUACCUGAAGCCUCUGUGUUGAAGCCCAGCGGUGAUGAUAGAGGAUACCAGAGAGGACACGGCACACAGAAUGCAGAACCUCAGUAUUUCAGCAAUCCUGCUAGCAGACAGUCUGAACUACGGAGGUCCCUGCCACCACAGCUCAGAGAACUUCCCCAAAACAUCCGACAGCAGAACCAAGUGAGGACCAGCAUCUCCCCCCAAGCAACGCCCAUGCUUCAUUCUCUAUCCAUUUACGCCACGGGCCAAGAGGAGAAGGCAGGAGCCGGCAAAAAGUCUGAGGACUCUCUUGAAAGCAGUCAGAUGAAGCGCACCGACCGUUUUGCCACCACGCUGAGAAACGAAAUCCAGAUGAGAAGAGCCAAGCUGCAGAAAAGUCAGAGCGCAGCAUCCCUGCCCGGGGCCGACUACGGGACGGAGGAAGCUCCGGAUCCCUGGAAGUCCGCCGAAGGCUCCGCCCCGACCUCUGCAGACGGCUCCUUCUCCAACACCUACAAAGAUCAUCUGAAGGAGGCACAAGCCAGGGUGCUUAAAGCCACCUCUUUCAGGAGAAGGGAUCUGGAGCCCGUCUUGAUGGAGCACUCUGCAGCCGAAGCCACACCCAGCUACCCAUCCUCAGCACACGCUCGUAAAGAAGUCAGCCCUCUGCCGACUGUUGCAGAAUCAGCAACAAGCAACUCAGGAGUUUCCUGUAGCCAGGUGGCUCGCAUUGGUAGUCGGAAGCGUUUCCCCGCCGGGAAGAAGGUGAGAUGUUUCUCUGAACCAGACAAAAUCCAUGAAGUUGGAGUUAAUGAAGAUCUAGCUCUCACUGAAAACACGAGUUCACUAGACCAACAAAAACUGUUGAAAGACGGUGUGAAACCAGGAUUCCCUACUCACAUACCGCUUCAAAACCACACCAAGAACCAAGGACAAGAUCCUGCUUCUGGCAGUGCAACAGAGGACACGAUGGAAGGAUUCAAGAGCAGAGAUCACACUGAGGAGGUCCAGGUUCCUUCUGCAGCGCAGUCUGUCCAAGAUCAGCAACGGCUGGGCACGUUCGCCGAGUACGAGGCGAGGUGGAACGAUCACAGGAAACCUCCGGAGAAGAAGCCCUCUGGACGCUACCAUUCAGCUGAUAACAUACUAGAUCCAGGACCGGAGGACAAGGCCAAGAGCAACUGUUUCCACGAGAGAUCCCGGUCGUCUCCUUCCACAGACAUCUACGGGCAGAAGAUCCCAGUUCCCGCAAGAAAGUCAGACACAGGAUAUUCCCAGAUGGAAAGUAAACCUGCUGAACCACUCAGGACGGACACGAGGUUCCCUGACAGUGGUCCAGGUCAUUGCAAUGUGCGAGAAAAGCCAGCAGAGUUUGAGAAUUACUCGGCGCCUGUUGCUCCGCCCAAGACGGGAGCCAAUCCCGACUGCACCGGGAACCACAGACCCACGUCUAUUUCUCACGGUCUCACUGAGCCCGUCCCCCCGCAGGCCGAUAACCACAGCCACACCGAGCAGCCGUCUGGACUGAGGAAGAAGCCCUCAGCCAUGGAGAAGCCUGCCCCUACCAGACGCCCGGAGGACGACUCCUAUGAAUCCUUCACCAGCACCCAGAGUGAAGUCUUCACCCACACUUCUUCAAACGUUGAACCUAACUCCGCCUUUUUCCACACCCACUCUGUAAAGCGAGAUUCUGAGCAGGGCAAAGGACUUGUGGACAAAGGACAAGGGGCAGUACAUCAUCUGUCAAAAUCCAAUCCUCGGCCUGCCUCCUCUCCUCCAGCUUCCUCCCACAGACCUUCAGGGCUGCCCAGCAUGGAGGAGAAGCGCUCGCUCUCUCCACACUUUUCCCCACAGAGACUCAGCGACAAGCCACCAGUCUCCUUUCAGGAUGAGGAAUCAAAUAGGGUGGAGCUUUUGACAGAAAAUGAGAAAACUGCUGGGAGAAAAGUUCCCAUCACGAUUGUCCAUUCGGAGGGAGUCGCUGACAAGGAGAGUUCCUCGUUGUUGAAGCAGAGUGACCUCCGUCCCUUCGAAGCCGAGGGGAACGGCAUUAGCAGAAUUGGCGGUCUAGGCGCUGCAGGGCAGGGCUCGCUCUUCUGUGCCUUUACUCGGCAGAGGGAGCCUGACGGCGAACCAGAGACUCACGCACAAGAGCCAGAGGCGGAUGCACACAAAACCUCUGCAGAACUUCACUCCAGCUGCAACAGCCAGCAGCCAACUCCGCCCACAGACGAGAACAGAAGCACGUGGGCAGACGAAGCCACAGGUCCGAGCGAGGAAGAGGACCAGAAGAGAGCGGAGCUGGCCCGAGACAUCAUGGGGAAGGAUAAAUCCUUAGCUGAUAUUCUGGAUCAGAGCAAGAUGAAGACCACGAUGGACUUGAUGGAGGGCAUAUUCCCUCAGGGGGAGCAGCUGCUGGAGGGGGCGCACCAGCGCAGGAAGGCUCAGAGUAAACAGCCAGGCUGCCGGCCUGCUGAGGAGAGGGGAAAGGAGGACGACAUGGCAGCAGCUGUCGCCGUGGUGACCAGCUCUACAUAUUACAGCACGUCUGCUCCCAAAGCUGAGCUCCUGAUCAAAAUGAAAGACAUGCAGGAGCACGAGGAGGAAGACUCUGAGGACGAACUGGACAUUGAUUUGGCCAAUAAGAAGCAAGAGCUGAUUGACAGCCUGAGCAAGAAGCUGCAGGUGUUGCGGGAAGCCAGGGAGAGCCUGCAGGAGGACAUCCUGGACAACAACGCCCUGGGAGAUGAGGUGGAAGCCCAAGUCCAGCAGGUCUGCAAACCCAACGAGCUGGACAAGUUCAGGAUGUUUGUCGGGGACCUGGACAAGGUGGUGAGCCUGUUGCUGUCUCUCUCGGGCCGCCUGGCCAGAGUGGAGAACGCCCUCAACAGUCUGGAGGAGGAUGCUACUCCUGAGGAGAGGCGUACGCUGAUUGAAAAGAGAAAGCUGCUCAUUCGACAGCAUGAGGAUGCAAAGGAGCUGAAGGAGAACCUGGAUCGCAGAGAAAACCUGGUUUACGACAUCCUGGCCAGCUACCUGCAGGAGGAGAGCCUUACAGACUACGAGCACUUUGUGAAGAUGAAGUCCGCCCUCAUUAUUGAGCAGCGCAAGCUUGAGGACAAAAUCAAACUGGGCGAGGAGCAGCUCAAAUGUCUGCUGGACAGCCUGCCCAUAGAUCAGAGGCUGGCGUUUUGAAAACAAUGGAUAUCUCCCAUAAAAACUGAGGAAAUGUGGUCACGUGGGCCACAGGUUGUUCUUUGGUCUCGUGUCCAGCAGAGGGGGACAAAGAGCAGGACCUGCAGACAGAAGACCUACUCGGAACAAAGACUGGUGAAUUAUUUUGACAAGUCUUUUGAAAAGGAUUGCGAUCAUAGUACCACUUGGUCCGGCAGGAUCUAUGAGUAACUUUUUUCUUCUUUUUUUUUGGAAAAAUUUUGCUUUUUUUAGCAUUGACCAACCACUAUAUCUAAUGUUGUCGAAGCCACUUCUGCUUUGUUGUACGUUUUGCUAUGUAGUAAUUUAUUGUAGCCUUUUGAAUCUGCCCAGGAGAGGACAGUAAACUGAUCUGAGCAGCCGUGCUACCUGACACGUGUUACAUGUGGAGUAUUUAUCAUGUUUUUGGUUUGAAUAAUUUCACUCUGUAACCUUUUAACACAUGAUCUGUAAAAUACAAAUAGUUCCAUCAAA